AUGCCAUCAAAAGAAUUUUGCUUUGUGAUACGGCGAUUGGUACUUCUAAUUUUAUUCGGAGCAAUUCUCACUUCUACUACGUCAUCUCAUCGACAUCGUGUUCCAAUAAUCGAUCUUGAUGGUGCAGACGAGCUGCUUGGCACUAUUCGAGAGGAUCGUACCAUAGUCAAUGUUAAUCCCAAAUUAGGCAUUGUUCACAAAACUGGACCAGUAUGUCGAUAUGAACUUACAAGCGAAGGUUCCGACGAUGUACCAUUUACGGUUGAUAUACAUGAUGAAAAAGAAGGUUCAGGUGUUAUACGAGUUAAAAAUGGUGUACAUUUAGACUGUACCAAUUCACAGUAUCUCAUCAAUAUGGUGGCAAUUCGCUGUGGUGAUGAUGCCAGAUCGGAAAGUGCACGGUUACGAAUCUCCGUAAAAGAUACCAAUGAUCACGCUCCAAUAUUUUCACACCCGUGGUACACCUUCAGCAUUAACGAAGGAAAAAUUUACAACGAAUUAGCUCGAUUGCAAGCGACCGAUGAAGAUUGUGGUCAUCCUUAUGGACAGAUUUGCAGAUAUCAGAUCACAAAUGCGCUAGAUGGAUUUCCCUUUGCUAUCGAUGACCAGGGUGUCUUACGGAAUACACGACCGCUGAACUACACCCAAGCCAAGUCCUAUAUUUUGACAGUUGUCGCCCACGACUGCGGCAUGCGUCAGUCCAAAUCAACCCUUGUUACUAUUAAUGUUCAUGAAGCUUGUGUGGAUGGUAUCCAUGGCAUCCUAGAACGAGUAACUUAUAUUCCUGGAUCUGGAAGUGUCCGGAUUGCACCGAAUGCACACGUUGUUACCUGUGCGGAAACACAACCAUGUAUUGUGAGAAGUGUAAAAAGCAUUCUAACACUACAAACUGACCAAUUAAUAAAUGGAUGCGAUCGCGAUGAUUUUAUUCCGGAAGCAAUUUGGAACAAAUGUGGAAUGGAUAAAUCAACAAUUACGCUAUUAACAGCCUCCGAUGAUGGCAUAACCGAUAAACAUACCUUUGAUGGAAAGUCAACUGCAACAAUUGUACCACAGGAAAAAAUAGAUGGUGUUAUUCCGUUAAAGUUUACGCUAUCUUUUUCGAUGAAACAUGCUCGUAGCAGUAAAGAAGAUCAAGACCGCAAACAAACAAUUCUAUGUGAAAGCGAUUACACAAACAUGAAUCGUCAUCAUUUUGCCGUUUAUACGCGUCACUGUAAGCUGGAAAUGUUGAUGCGUCGAGAGAGUAACGCUGAAGCUGCGUUUCGUGCUGCGGAAUGGCGGUGGAGCAUUCCUGAAGUUUGCGACAAUCAUUGGCAUUCAUAUUCCAUUUUGUUUGCAUCCGUUGAUACAGUUGAUUUAUACAUCGACGGUCGUAAAUUUGUCGCAACGAAAGAGAAUCCGGAAAUAUUGGACGAUUGGCCAUUGCAUCGAAUCAAAGAUACUGAAACUCGUCUAGUUGUUGGAGCAUGUUGGCAUGGUCGUAAUCGCAUAAUGUCACAGUUUUUUAAAGGUCAUCUAGCUUCCAUCUAUUAUUUACCACACAAACUUGAGCAACCGCAAGUUCUUCAGUGCUCCCAUCAAUGCAAAGAGAAGCUGGAAUUCAAUGCAAUCGAUCAGUUAGUACCAGGGGAGAAUGCAAUCUUUGCCGCGAAUUCAUCAUCUUUUUCCUUGAAAGCUAAUACUGCCGAAGAUUUAUCGCUGUUACUUCAACGAGUUACAUAUGCAAAUAAAAAGAAUCUGCCGACACCUGGGCAUCGUACCUUCUUCAUCAAUACAACCGUCCUAUGCUCCGAUGGAAAAACGCUUAUUCUUAAUCCUGGUAAAGGCUCAAUAUUCGUCCAACGAGAAGCUGAACCCGUAAUUUCAAUUAGCGGACUAUCAGUUGUGAACAAUGAUCAACAUCUCGUAAAAACAGGUGCACCUAUGCUUCCUGAAAUCAAAAUCACUGUAACCCAAAACGUCAAUGGAGAAGAGAUUGAGCGGACAAGUGUAUCGGAACUUGACUGGUGUAAAGUCCAUUUAAAACCAUCACGAGAUAUGGAUCUCGAAUAUUUCUCAUCUCCAGCUUCGUUAAUUGCUGCUCUUCGAAUUGAUUUUGAACAUGAUAAACAAGGUAUUUUACUGAAAGGUAAAGAAAAAGUUAAAGGUUAUCGAGAGAUUUUGUCGAAAAUUCACUAUUUUAAUACUCGAGCUGAUUCAUAUUCACGGAGAAUUUAUACUGUACAAUGUGCAAUGAAUGAUGGUCAAAUUCUUAGCAAUGAAUUCCUCGUUACGAUGAAUAUUAUCAAUACAUCAUUGCAAUCAAUUGAAUCACCAGUUACUGAAAUUUUGGAUGAUGAUGAAGUGCAAGUAGAUCCUGCAUUCGAUCGAAUUGGUGGAAAUCGAUUGCAAAAUUUACUGGAAAUGGAUUUACCACGGCCGAAGGCUUUGAUAUCACAUCACGGAUAUGGUGUACAGGGUGCUAUAGCAGGAGGAGCAGUUGCUGUAGUCGUUGUUUUUUGUGUUGGCUUCCUUCUGGUUAUGUUAGUGAUCGGAGUAUUAAAAAUGCGUGAUACUCCACUUCCUUCCAGACGGCGACGCAAUCGGCGAAAUACUGAAGGAGCAAUGGAGUGGGAUGAUAGUGGUAUGAAUAUAACAGUAAAUCCAUUGGAGGAAGUUAACAAAAAUGGCGUUGACUUCUCUGACGAAGAAAGCUCCGAUUGCGGUGAAAGUUUUCGUGAUGAAGGCUUGACAGAGGAUGAAGAUGCUGGACAUGUACUUCCUCACGUCGAUAAUGAGCGACAGAACAGAAGUUUGGAAUGGGAUGACACAACUUUAACAAAUAUUUCACGUACCUAUCGCGUAUAA